AUGAAAAAACAGAACUUAAGUAAAUGCAUACCAACUGCAACAUCAAGAGGUCCAUGCAUAACUUGCGUAUGCAAUAUCGAUGGAGUUUACAUCUGUCGCGGGAUAAAAUGCACUCAAAAAACUGUCCUUAUAGUGAAGACUCCAGAAUGCCAAUCGAACGUAAGAUACAUCAAAGAUCACACGGUGUGUACAUGUUCUGAUAGUGGACGAUGGCUUUCUGAAAACUGUCGAAACGUCAUCCGUACUCUCAGAACAGACCUACCCAUAGUUCAUGGAAAUGUAAGAUCCAACGUCACUUGUAAAUCAGACAGUCUAUACCUUAUCGAUUGUAAUGUUUGCAAAUGCGAUAAAACAGGCCUCAUUCAAUCAACAAGCUGCACAAAUCGACAUUGUAAAACUGCUAACAAAGCUGACACGUGCGUCUUCGGAGAUUUCCUACGAACACAUAAUGAAAUUUGCCUUUGUAGCGACGUAAAUUACUAUAUCGAUAAAUUGUGCAGGAAAAUAAGCCCCAAUCUUAUCCAGGAACUCAAGACUGCUGACGCAAAAGCAGUUACAGAUGUAGGUUUUAAAUCCAAUAAAAAAUGCAUUGCAUAUAGAGAAUAUUAUAUUGAUUGCAACCAUUGUAUUUGCGAAGAGAAUGGAGAAUUGAUUUGCACCAAAAAGGACUGCCAACCAAAGAAAAUUAAUGCUAGACGAACGAAUAACGACGAACUACCUACAGUACAAAGCGUUGAUGACCUUUGUACCCCGGGUCAAAAAUACAAACUAGGUUGCAACACGUGCAUUUGUACACCAAAUGAAGAAUUGUCUUGUACUACGAUGGUCUGCUUGGAUGAUUUUAUUAUAGACGGAUUAGCAUUGAGGAGAGGUUUAAUAUCAUCGAAAGAUUGAGCAACAGUCUUCAUAAAAGUGUUUCAAAUAAAGAACUUUUUGGUCC